UUCCAAAUUAAAAAAAAAUGAUUUAAAAAAAAAAGAAAUAAAUAAUAAAAGGUCGAAAGUACGGAGAGAAAACAAAAUACAGAAUUAUUAAAACGAAAGGUAAUUGAAGAAAGAGCGGUGGCCGCUGCUGCUUCCCUUCACGCUCAUUUUUACACAUCUCGUCGCCGAUCCGAUCCCCACUCCAAACCCGCCAACAAGUUUGAUUUCGAGGAAAAGAGACAAAGAUGUUGGGGAUUUUAAGGCAAAAAGUGGGAGCUGGAAGCUCAUCUGCUAUGAUUUUGGGGCAGUCCAUGCAGAGGAUCCGCCCCACCACAUCGGCAUUGAGAGCUUUUUCAUCUUCCGCAAAAGAGAUGACAGUGAGGGAUGCUUUAAACUCUGCACUCGAUGAGGAAAUGUCUGCAGACCCGAAAGUCUUCUUGAUGGGUGAAGAGGUUGGGGAAUACCAAGGUGCUUACAAGAUAUCCAAAGGACUUCUCGACAAGUAUGGCCCUGACAGAGUUCUUGAUACCCCCAUCACGGAGGCUGGGUUCACUGGGAUUGGAGUUGGUGCUGCUUACUAUGGUUUGAAACCUGUUGUAGAGUUUAUGACCUUUAACUUCUCAAUGCAGGCAAUUGACCACAUCAUAAAUUCUGCUGCAAAAUCAAAUUAUAUGUCCGCAGGCCAAAUAAAUGUCCCCAUUGUUUUCAGAGGACCAAACGGUGCUGCUGCUGGUGUUGGUGCCCAGCACUCUCAAUGUUAUGCAGCAUGGUAUGCUGCCGUCCCUGGGUUGAAAGUUUUGACCCCUUAUUCAUCUGAAGAUGCUCGUGGGCUCCUAAAAGCUGCCAUUAGGGACCCUGAUCCUGUUGUUUUCCUUGAGAAUGAGUUGCUAUAUGGUGAGUCAUUUCCUGUUUCAGCUGAAGUUCUUGAUUCCAGUUUUUGCCUUCCAAUAGGGAAAGCUAAGAUUGAGAAAGAAGGAAAGGAUGUCACUAUUACAGCUUUUUCAAAAAUGGUCGGCUAUGUUCUGCAGGCGGCUGAGAUACUCGCUAAGGAAGGAAUCAGUGCUGAGGUCAUAAAUUUGCGGUCAAUUCGUCCUCUGGACAGGAACACCAUCAAUGCUUCGGUCAGGAAAACCAACAGGCUGGUAACAGUUGAAGAAGGGUUUCCUCAGCAUGGUGUUGGUGCUGAAAUCUGCACAUCUGUUGUUGAGGAUAGCUUUGGCUAUCUUGAUGCACCGGUUGAGAGAAUUGCUGGGGCUGAUGUUCCAAUGCCUUAUGCUGCUAAUUUGGAGAGAUUGGCUGUUCCUCAGGUAGAAGAUAUUGUUCGUGCGGCAAAGAGAGCGUGCUACAGAUCGGCGUCAUUGGCUGCAAGUGCUUAAUUUUACUACUCGAAUGCAGAAAUUCUCCCAAUCAAGGAGAUAUAGAGAUUGUACAUUAUUUCUCCUCAUCCUGUGGGGAGGAACUGCUUGUGAAAUAACUCGGGAGAACAUUGACAAGAGCGAGGGAUUUUUUUGACUCUGUUUUGUCCUUAAUAUUUGUGGCUGUCAACAUUAAACUGAUCGCAUUUUGGAAGCCAUUUUCAGGGUUUUGUACUUGAAUUUCUAAACCACACCAUCUUAUUCCAGAAAGGUUAAUGGUGCUGCUUCAGUGUUUAUCUUCCAGUGGCAUUUGUAUUGGCUGCCCUUUGUUAAUCAUUCAUUAUUGAUGUACUUUGCAGGGGCUUAUGUUCGUUAGAA